UUUUUGCAGUACAGCUUCAGAAGGCGCCAAUGAGCAAUUGACUGUGCUGCGUCUCUGAACUGUCGACCACCAUGGCUGCGAAGCCUUCGUCGCUCCUUAUCUUCCAACCUCGCCUCAAUCUUCGUUUGAAGCCCUUCAUUUUCUCUUCUUCGUCACUCGCUUUCAGUAUCAUUCUUAGAAUCCCCUUUCCGAAGGCCUCAUUCUUCGGUAACCGCAAAUUUCAUUCUUCUCUCAGCGCCGUCUCUUCCGCCCAGUCUACCGGUGACGGCGGAAAUGGUGGCGGCAGGUCGGGGGCGCUAUCUCCGACGCUGGUCGCUGAAGAAUUGCAGAAGAUCGAUGUUAACCCUCCCAAAGGAACCAGGGAUUUUCCGCCGGAAGAUAUGCGACUCCGCAACUGGCUAUUCAAUAAUUUCAGAGAGGUUUCACGAGUAUAUGGAUUUGAGGAGGUUGAUUUUCCGGUCCUUGAGUCGGAGGCGCUGUUCAUUAGGAAAGCAGGUGAAGAAAUAAGAGACCAGCUCUAUUGUUUUGAAGAUCGGGGUAAUCGUCGAGUUGCUUUGAGACCUGAGCUUACUCCUUCUUUGGCAAGAUUAGUGAUCCAGAAAGGAAAAUCUUUGUCCCUUCCACUGAAAUGGUUUGCUAUAGGGCAAUGCUGGCGGUAUGAGAGAAUGACUAGAGGUCGGCGUCGUGAGCACUACCAAUGGAAUAUGGAUAUCAUUGGUGUACCCGAGGUUACGGCUGAAGCAGAGCUUCUAUCUUCUAUUGUUGCCUUUUUCAAGCGAAUCGGACUUACAGCAGCAGAUGUUGGAUUCAAGGUUUCCAGUAGAAAGGUUUUGCAAGAAGUAUUGAAAUGCUAUGGAAUACCUGAAAAUAUGUUUGGCAAGGUUUGCAUCAUCAUAGACAAGAUAGAAAAAAUUCCAUUGGAUGAGAUGAAGAAGGAACUGAAGGUUGUUGGUGUAUCAGAGGAUGCUAUCGAGGAGAUGUUGCAAGUUCUUUCAGUAAAGUCUUUGACAAAAUUAGAAGAGAUACUUGGAGGUGGUGGUGAAGCCAUGUCUGAUCUGAAGCAGCUAUUUUCUCUUGCUGAGAAGUUUGGUUAUUCUGAUUGGAUCCAAUUCGACGCAUCAAUUGUCCGCGGCCUUGCUUAUUACACUGGUAUUGUUUUUGAGAUGCUUUUUCAGGGGUUUGACAGAGGGGGAAAGCUGCGAGCCAUAUGUGGUGGGGGUCGGUAUGAUCGUUUGCUUUCUACCUUUGGUGGUGACGAUCUUCCUGCUUGUGGGUUCGGGUUUGGUGAUGCUGUUAUAGUAGAGUUGCUUAAGGAAAAGAAGUUGCUGCCAGAACUGAAUGUUGAAGUAGAGAACAUAGUUUGUGCUCUGGAUCCUGAUCUCCAAGGCGCAGCUUCAAGAGUUGCUACCAUUCUUAGGGAAAAAGGCCAAACUGUUGAUUUGGUAUUGGAGAAUAAACCUCUCAAAUGGGUGUUUAAACGAGCGACACGGAUAAACGCUCAGCGGUUGAUACUAGUCGGAAGUUCAGAAUGGCAACGAGGCAUGGUCGGAGUAAAAGAUCUUUCCUCAGGUGAGCAACGCGAGGUCAAACUUGAUGAACUCAACUAACUUAACCUUCAUUCUUCUCUUCCACAGAUUAUUUAUUCAUAUGUUUCGCUUAGAUAUCAAACUUUCCAUUCAAACAUUUUCCUAUUUAAGAUAGCUUUGUAUUGAAAUUGUUUGUGACUGAUUUAACAUGGGAUGCGUAUUUAAAUUAAAAGUUUAGUUCUCGAAUUUUAA